UACUUUACUCCUCUUUUAGAAACAACACAAGCUGUGAAACACAGCAGUUAAACUUCUCCAGCAAAUGGACUGUUUUAAUACUGCAUUCAUCUGAUUGCACGAAAGAGAUUUGAAACAAUGAAACUGAGGCAGCUAAUGAGGCUACUUCUGUUUUGGAGUACACUUUAUCUUCAAACACCUGAUGGAUCUGCUGUUACGGUGACCCAUGAUUUAAGUGAGACAAACUCCAAAAUGAGUCUGGAGAUUCUGGAGGAAAAACGGAGCCCAUUACAAAUCAAGCCUAAAAUCACAGUCAAUGUCAUUCCGGGAAAUGCUACAGAGCUACAAUGUAGGAAUGAGACUAGCGAAGGAUUGGUUAUGUGGUGGCAGACCCCCUUUGGAUCAUUUGGAGAAAGAUACAAGUUCAGCACUAAGGACCCGAUAGAGAUGAGUAAUGGGAAUUUGAGGAUCUCAAAGGCUACGUUAAGUCACACUGGACUCUACAGUUGCCACCUUGUGGAUAGUAGAAGCACAACAGUCAUUCCAUAUAGAGUAAAUGUACUGAACAAAAACACACACGAGACAAGAACGAGGAUAAGAACAGCCAGAGAGGCCGAGACAUCUACCAUGCAAUACUCAGACACUCACUUCGCAGCAGCUGUGUCAUCCUCAGUGUUGGUCACCUUUAUAGGGGCGUUUACACUCGGUGCAUUCAGCCAACCCUACGUCAUUAAGUGUCUACAAAGAACAAGGGCCAGGAUGUGUCCUAACAAAAGCAGCCACAGAGAGACUACGAGAGUCGGUAGUCAUAGACUCGGGACUGUGUUUUUCCGCAGAAACCCAAACUCUGUAGAAGACACUGUAGAAUUUGCGCCAGAGUCCUCAGCAUCCGCCAAGGCUCCUUCUAACAUCAAGACAAACCAAGAGAACCAAGAUGGAGCUCAUCUGGAGCGUGACUCAGUAAGCAGCGAUGUUGAAAAUGGCAUAGACAGCACAUCAAAUGGAGACGCUGUUGAUGGAUCAGAUCAACCGAAAGACCAAGCAGGAGAUGAACAGAAAGCCGAACUGGGAUCAGAGACGAUCAUGCGCCAAAAGCCCAAACGAGUCAGUAGAGUUAUUAAACUCUACAACUACGAUGAAGAUGGAAACAAAUACAGUCACAUUAAAGAACCUGAAGACAACCCUAUACCCAGACAGAGAGUGACGUCACUUACUCGGCUCCAAAGCAUCAUGAGCGAGGUGGAAUCACCAGAUUUCUCCACCAGCAGAGACUCAACCAGAGACUCAACCGAACCAGAUGAAGCUCUCAGCAUGACUUAGACAUUUAAACACCCAAUUUGGACAAUUUUAAAAGAAAAGUUAAUACAUACUCAUUGCCAUGCUUUAAGAUAUAUUUCAGCAAAAGUCUCAUUGAUACAAGUUUCCACCAAUCACAGAUAUGCAGAAACAUGGUGGUGUCCAGUGUUUGCUUUAGUGGAACACUGGAACUAAGCUUAAUGUGGAUAACAGGCGAUGGAAGUCUCUCUCAUCCAACAUGCAGUAAGUCAGUGCUCUAGACCACACGAGCAGGUCUGGCUAACAUUAAUGAAGAAUUGAGGUUGACAUGUUUACAGAAAUGAUUUUGGGUAAUGUCAUCUGAAGGACGUAUACGAAGGCCUGCGCACGUAGCAGGAAAAUAGAAACGUCACAUUUUCUGUGAUAUACCUCUAGACAAGUACCAAUAUACAAUUUUCAUAUCAUUAUGACAUACAGUAUAUAUCACCUGCCUAACCACUUACCAUAUCAAAUAUUAUAUAAUAACUAAAAUUUAAAAUGAUAAAUAAUUUUUUAAUGAUUUUAUGUAUUUAAAAAAAUAUUCAGGGUAAACGCUUUGUUAGUCAUGUUCUUAAAAUUGUCUUAAAAAUUUCUUUAAGGCCCUGCUGGCAUAAAAUUUCCAAGAGUGAACUUAAGUAAACAGAGUAAACAGGCUGUAAAUAUGCUGCUUCUUGAAAUGAAUCAUUUGAAGUGUCUAUAACAAUAAUAUGUGCUGAGUACUGUGUUAUAUGAUACACUGCCAGGGUGUUCAAAAAUUUUUGUAUUAACACACUUGGUUAAACCUCAAGAAAUGGGUUCAAGUUUAAAACUCUAGAAUUUGAAACUUUAAGUAAGAAACAGAUCCUAAGAAACGAUUGUGACAUUUUAUUUCAGUGAAAGAAGAAUCUAGGUCUAACUGUAAUGGCCAAUUUGGAUCACUCCAGUUAGGCACUUGUAGCAAAGAACAUAUAUUUGUCUAGUAUAAACUCCUUAAUGUAUGUUAAUGUACAGUUUUCCAGUAACUGCUUGACCAAACAAGUGCACUCACUUUUAAUAAAGAACUCAUUUUAGAAUCUCAGAAUCUCAGAGCAGACAAUGAAUAAGUCCCUAAAUACAAGAUUUAGCUAAUUGGUGGAACAUUUGUUUUAUUUUUCUUAAUUAAUUCAUGGGUAAUAUAUAUUACCAAUAGUGGGUAAACUAUAAUAAAAUGUUGAGAAAUUUUGA